GAUGAGUCUCCUGCAGAUUUUGAUGGCUUUGGUGAUCUUCGUGCUGAUCCUCGGAUUGGGCGCCACGAUCGAGCACGAAGCCAUCAAACAGGUGUAUCAAAAGUAUUCAAAAGCGCUUUUGAUCGGCUUCUACUGCCAGUAUGGUUUGAUGCCGUUGAUUUCAUUUCUCCUGGCCGUGAUGUUCCAAGGUAUCGAGGGGAAGAGCAGCUUUCCGGAUACGCAUGGUUUGGGUCUACUACUUGUUGGAUGCAUGCCAGGUGGUGCGACGAGUAACCUUUUUACCUGCUACUGCGAAGGUGACGUGGCCCUGUCGAUUGCGAUACAGAGCCAACAAUCGCAACAGUGAUGGUGUUCCUGAUGGUGCCAUUGGUUUACUGAUCUACAGCGGCCGCUUCAGGUUCAGCAGUGACACGGUGUCGCUGGACUACAAAGCAAUCUUUUCUUUUUUCCUCUUGGUCCUUCUCCCGGCUGGCAUGGGCAUCGCCAUACGAAAUUGGCACUUGAUCUGCGGAAAGAGAGCUCCCUCUACCACCUCGAACAGUGCCAUCAAGAAUAUUGAGAUGGUGGCUGGUGCAGACGUUGAACAAGGUCAAGUACCAAAUGCAGAGGGGAACCAUGGUGCUGCCCAGGAGGACGGUGAUGCAGAAGCAAACAUGGAUGAUACGAAGAAUGCUGCCCCCACAAAGUCACAGGAACAAGAAGGAAAAGAUGGAGUGAACCUGGAAGCUGCUGUCGAGAUGAACGAGACCAACGAACCAGCUGAAUCGGACGUACAGAAAACAAAGCAAGCUGCCACCAAAGCGCAACGUCCAAAUCGCUUUAUUCCUAGAGAAGCUGGCUGGGAUUUUGGACAUCGUCUUUAUCAGCGUCGCGAUGGUCGUCGCAGCCAUAUCGAAUUCUGACAUUUUUACAGCUUCAGCCGGCUCCUACAUGGUCUCCAGCAUGCUGCUCAUGCCGAUUGGGGUCGUCGCGAGGCAUUUCUUGGCCUACAACGUCAUCUUCGAGUGCGAGUUCACCGGCCACCAUGAAUUGGCCGACGAGCACAGAGGCAAAGAGCAUCCGGAGUUCGGCGUUUGCAGAACGGUCGGCUGAGAAACCGGUGUGCAGAAUAAGUAGUACUUUGGCUUUGGCAAUCAUCGCUUUCACGUGAACUGAAGGGACGACAGUGUACGAUGAGCUGAUUCGGAUUCGGCUACUUUACUACAGCUUCUUCCUCAUGAUCGGAGGUGUGCGGAUUACCUUGUAUUUUCGCAGGACCCCGGUUUUUCCCGACGAAGUCCACAAGAACGUCAAAUCUGGAUUGAACUCGACAAUGAAUAUCGUUGCGAGAAGGCCAAGCAAAGACAUUGUUUGAGAACAACGGUCCUGGUGGCCCGGAAGGGGAAGAUGAAAGCAAACCAGUGGAAAACUGAGCAACCUGACCAUGGGGUCGUGGACAUGAGAUCCACCUGAAGAUAUGAGGAGUUUGUUUGAACUGAAAUCCGAAAAGGUAAAGAAUACAAUCUUUUCCCUCUUGUUGAGAAUUUUUUACUUACGAAGACCACGUGUAGAUAGUUAAACGUUGAGCUUGACAAUUUUUUUAUCGGCACGAACAUAAUCUAUGAAUUUCAGGCCCGUGCAUGACAGCAUUUUUUCUAACCGUCUAACGC